AUGGCUGAGAAUGAAGGCUUAUCUUCGGCAAACACUUGCAGAACUGUUCACCAAAGCAGUCAAUAUUCAAGCUCUGCACUUCUUGAAGCGGUUAAAGAGAUAAUUCCACCUCUUUUGGAGACGGCACAUAAAGGUGAAGCAGGCAGGAUUGGAGUGAUAGGUGGUAGGAUAGAAAACAUGCYGUCAAUGAGAUAUCAGAAUGGCUGCCAAGACUUCACAGUUUGGUGAUUGGUCCGGGCAUGGGCAGGAAUCCAAACAACAUUGAUAACGCAAAGAGUGUCAUAGAAAAGGCCAUCAAACUAGGAAAGCAAUUGGUUAUUGACGCAGAUGGCUUGCACAUAGUGACAUCAUAYCCAGAUCUUAUCAAAAACUACACUAAAAUAAUCCUUACUCCUAAUGUGGUGGAGUUUGCAAGACUUUACUAUGCCGUGAUGGGAGAGUCACUAGAUCCCAAUGGCGACAGUCAGACACAGGUUGAAGAUCUCAGCAAGGCUCUAGGUCAUGUGASUAUCUGUAGAAAAGGACAGGCAGACAUCAUAUCAGAUGGACAUCAAGUUGUUUUUGGUUCCACACCUGGAAGUAGUCGCAGAUGUGGUGGUCAAGGAGACCUUCUCUCUGGUUCUAUGGGAACAUUUGUGUAUUGGGCUUAUAACUGGAGUGAAAAGAAUAAAGGCGAAGAAAAUUGCAGUCCAUUAAAUCCAACCAUCCUUGCAGCCUAUGCAGCAAGCAGUCUGACUCGCACAUGUAACUCUCUGGCCUUUGCAAAAAUGAGGCGUAGCAUGACAACUUCCGAUAUGAUUGCAGAAAUCCAGGUUGCUUUUGAGAAGCUUUUUGGAUCCACAGAAAAUAAUGAGUAAACUGAAAUUAUGAUUCUGUUGAGGUCUUGUCAUUGGUAUCUUGGUUGACUGUUGUUCUCCUUUGCCAUCGUUUUGGUUGAGAGAUUCUUCUGUAAAAAGUACAAUGAUUUGAAGCUGGACCUGAUGUGGUGGACUUUUGAAGAAUUUGUAAUGUAGUGGCUAUUUUCCUAAACUGCUAUUUCGUUAGACAACCAGAGGUUUCAGAUUAGUUUUCUUGUCCAGGCAUUUCUUACUUGGAUGCUACAUUGGCAAGCUUUCUCUUCUCCAGAAUGUUUCUGUUUUCAAAGAUAUCAACAUGUAGCAAAACAAUAUCCUCAGCUUAGAGGAAUUACUGUGUGCAAAAUGGUUGAUGCUUUUAAGGUUCUUAGAUUUUUUAAUGAUAAUUUCCUUUUAUUUUUUUCUUCUACUGAGUAAAAUUAGCACACGAAUAGAUAACCAUGUUUUCUAAAGACAAAGACCUUAGGGGGCAGAGAAACAGCAGACGAUAAGCUGCUGAAAGAUAGUCAAAUAAACAUUUAAAAAAUAUUCACAAAAAUCAAAAAUAUAUUAUGCUAAAAUGAUGAUAUAACAAUAACGUGAGAAAUUAAAGAAAAAUUAUUUAUAAAUCAUCAUUCRUGAUCUUAUCAUUAAUGGCAGAGCCAAUACAGUUUCUAGUUUUGUGCAGCCUUGAGGCUCAAUCUCAAAGAUAACUUAGGCAUUUUAUAUGCUGUCAUUGCCAUCAUGUUUCAAACAUUUGAAUGUAAUAUGUAACACUAGGGUAAAUAUUAAUGUCAAUUAUGAGUAUCCUGUUUAAAUAUGGCUUUGCCUAAAGGGUUUUUGUUCUUAUCUGUAAAAAAUGUUUUUGAACAGUAGAAGUUACAUCGUACUCAAGCAUUUUAGAUUAUUAUCAAGUGAAGUAAAAAAGUAAAUAGUUUCUGAAUUCUAAAUUAUGCUAGCUGAUAAAAUCUGGGUUGAUGGUAUAAAAGGACCUUUUCUUGGAAGUAAYCUUUUCCCAUUCCAGACCACGUGUCAUUCCCUAGAGUAUCAUUUCUUUGUUUAAUGGUUGCUCAUGAGAAGACACAUGAAUGUAAAGACACAACUCAAGCAACAAAAUAGAAUGACACAUGGUCUGAUAUGAAAAAACUAACUGAAAUUAUCCAUUACCCCUCUUAGAGGAAUCUUUUUUAGGAACCCCCCUCCCCCUACACGUCCGGAAAUUCCAAUUUUCUUCCAUACAAACUCUGUAAUUAUUGUUCUUUCUCUGRCCCCCUUCCUUCAGAAAUUCCAAAUUCCUCUGUGCGGUGGGUAUAGAUUUCUGGAACUUCACAUUAUACCAAGACUAUAUUUUGCAUAGUUUGUAAAUACGAAGGCCUAUUUUGCAUAUUAGACUGUCAGUAAAUGUAUUAAAAUGAAUAUAAACUACACAAUAAAGAAGCAAAAGAUUUAAAA